CCGGUCUAAAGCGGCAGCCGCCGGGGCGCAAUGCGAGCGGCGGGCGUAGGGUUGGUGGACUGUCACUGCCACCUCUCCGCCCCGGACUUUGACCGCGAUUUGGAUGAUGUGUUGGAGAAAGCCAAGAAGGCCAAUGUUGUGGCCCUUGUGGCAGUUGCCGAACAUUCAGGAGAAUUUGAAAAGAUUAUACAACUUUCAGAAAGGUAUAAUGGGUUUGUCCUGCCAUGCUUGGGUGUUCAUCCAGUUCAAGGACUUUCACCAGAAGACCAAAGAAGUGUCACACUAAAGGUUGGACUAGAUUUCUCCCCCAGAUUUGCUGGCACUGGUGAACAGAAGGAAGAGCAAAGACAAGUCCUAAUCAGACAGAUCCAGUUAGCCAAAAGACUAAAUUUGCCUGUAAAUGUGCACUCACGCUCUGCUGGAAGACCUACCAUCAACCUUUUACAAGAGCAAGGUGCUGAGAAGGUACUGCUGCAUGCAUUUGAUGGUCGGCCAUCUGUAGCCAUGGAAGGAGUAAGAGCUGGGUACUUCUUCUCAAUUCCCCCUGCUAUCAUAAGAAGUGGACAGCUGCUUUCUCUUUUCUUUAAGAAGCAGAAACUUGUGAAACAAUUGCCUUUAACUUCUAUAUGCUUAGAAACAGAUUCACCUGCACUAGGACCAGAAAAACAGGUACGGAAUGAGCCCUGGAACAUUUCUAUUUCAGCAGAAUAUAUUGCCCAGGUGAAAGGGAUCUCAGUGGAAGAAGUUAUAGAAGUGACGACACAGAAUGCAUUAAAACUGUUUCCUAAGCUCCGACACUUGCUCCAGAAAUAGCUUCAAAACCAUCCAUUACAAAAUCGAAUCAACUGCAGGGGGCAGCAUUUGAAAAAUAGAAAUGUUCUGAUGAAGAAUCUGAAGAAGCUGUUUUAUAGGGUUAUAGAAGAUUGUAAUUGUAGAGAAAUAUUUCUCUUAGAAAUAAAACUGGGCUUGGAUCCUAAAACCCUGGGUUCUGAUUCUAGCCUUGUGCUGCUUUUCAGUUAGCUGAGUUCUGGCAGGAUAUUGGGAAAAUACUGCUACUUCUUACAUUGCUCUUUUAUGUAGAACCACCACCUCAACUGAAACCAUUGCUACUGGGAAGGGUGGCUCCCACAGGAAGAGUAUAAGCACUACUGUGAUGAGGAUGGAGUAAGCUAUACUUAUUUUUUUGAUAGAGUUUCGCUGUUGUUGCCCAGGCUGGAGUGCAAUGGCACGAUCUUGGCUCACUGCAACCUCCACUUGCCAGGUUCUAGUGAGUCUCCUCCCUCAGCCUCCCAAGUAGCUGGGAUUACAGGCAUGUGCCACCAUGCCCGGCUAAUUUUGUAUUUUUAGUAGAGACAGGAUUUCUCCUUGUUGGUCAGGCUGGUCUCGAACUCCCAACCUCAGGUGAUCCGCCCGCCUCGGCCUCCCAAAGUGCUGGGAUUACAGGCAUGAGCCACCGUGCCAGCCUAAAGUGUGAUCUUACCACCUAUUUUUCUUCCCAUAGGAGUUAGCCAGUGAAGGGAGAAUGUCUGGUUUUCUAUGCUAUCAGAAAUCUCUUUUCUAGGUUUGUAAAAUUGAACUUUUAGUACUUCGAAUUAUUUCUCUUUAAGAUAAAAAUGCAUAUGAUUUUUACACUGAUCUUAGAUUUUUGACUUAUGAGGCCAAUGGUUUAAACAAUCAUUAUUAAAUACCAAGCCCAAAAGUUUAGUUAAUACACCAAUUGUAAGUUCUGGUCUGAAUUUUGUCAACAUAUUUAGAAUGUAAAUGGCAUUAUUAAAAAUGUAUCUGAUUUCUCUGUGAACAGUAAUAUUUCGUAUUUUUAAGUUUAAAAAUGUUAGUGUAAGCCAGGCACAAUGGCAUUCACCUGUAGUGCCAACCACUCAGCAGGCUGAGAUGGGAGACCUUUUAAGCCUGAGUUUGAGUCAGGCCUGGGCAACAUAGUGAGAUGUGAGCACUUAUCUCUAAAAAAGUAAAUAAAUAAAAAUCUCAAAAAAAUUAAAAAUCUCAGGUGUAAAAACAGUUCUGUAGAUAGAUGGUAGUGAUGGUAGCACAUCAAUGUGAAGGUAUUUAAUGCCACUGAACUGUACACUUAUAACGAAUUAAGAUGAUAAAUUUUAUGUUAUGUGUAUUUACUACAAUUUUUAAAAAAUCGUAUAUGGGCCGGGCGCGGUGGCUCACGCCUGUAAUCCCAGCACUUUGGGAGGCCGAGGCGGGCGGAUCACGAGGUCAGGAGAUCGAGACCAUCCUGGCUAACACAGUGAAACCCCGUCUCUACUAAAAAAUACAAAAAAUUAGCCGGGCGUGGUGGCGGGCGCCUGUAGUCCCAGCUACGCGGGAGGCUGAGGCAGGAGAAUGGCGUGAACCCCGGGAGGCGGAGCUUGCAGUGAACCGAGAUCGCGCCACUGCACUCCAGCCUGGGCGACAGAGCGAGACUCCGUUUCAAAAAAAAAAAAAAAAAAAAAAAAAAAAAUCGUAUAUGUAGUUUAACAGGUGUGGUCAAUAUCAAAACUUAGGUAUUUAAUCUUGUUAAAUUAUAUAAGCAGCAAAUGCUGGAAAAAGUACCUGUCAUAGAAAAAAAUAAACUUCCUAAAUCAAAGUGAUUUUAUGAAAUGAUCUUCAAUAAAUAUUUUGAAAUGAAUUCAUUUAUGGAAGAAUCAAAACUAGGUCAGAUUGUCCAAACCAGACUAAGAAACUGAAUAGGGUAUUUUAUGAGGUAUUUAAUGACUCAUCAGCACCAUUAUAAAUGAAAUUCCUACAUUUAACAGGAGAUUAUAUUAAAACCGGACUUUUUAAGCUCUCU